AUGGUGCUGAAGCUCGAGACGCCCGACGUGUACUUUGUCACAGCCACUCAAGCUUUGACGUGGAUAACCGAUCCUAAGCCUGUCAAUGUUUUGCAUAAUUUUGACGGCUGGUCCUGCAAUAAUAACAACAACCUUCCUGGGCCAUCAUGCAAUAAUGCGAACAAGUGUGCCUUAGACUUCAAACCUGCAGAAGCCAACUUCACUGCGACCAGGUAUAUGGAGACAUGCAGAGAAUGUCCAAAUAGGUACCCGUGGCUAGGCGAUGCAAAGGGAACCGGAUUGUACAAUGAUAACUACAUUCCCGAGAGAAAGUAGCACCUUCUCAAGGUGGUCUAGAAUGAAGCGAAACUAACGCAGAGUCCUGCGUUAAAUUAUGUACGAGACUUCUCUGCACGCCCGCCGCCAGCCACGAUGACAAGUAUGCUGAAAAAGAAGAAACCACAUUCUUCCGCUUUCGCUUUGUUCAGCUCUUUUUAGAGUCUUCGAACUAUUGUACAGGUUAUUUGAAACCCCGAACGGAUCAGUUCCAAAAAGUGGACAAAACUUUCAAUACAGAAGUUUACAUAUUUUCAGAUCAGAAAAGAUAGAAUUGUUGACAAAUCUUGGCAAACUAAAUUUGAAAACGCGUUGAGGCUACGAUGAAUCGAUAUGACCUUGUAGGUUAUAUAAACAUACGGGUUUCAAACACUGUAAAAAAUAAUUAAGACUCCGCGUUUCUUUAUGCAUUUGUUUCCAUCAAGGCGGCUUUGCUGCAUCGUUUCACUGAAGCGCACAUAUCGUAUAGGUUUCUGUAAAGAUCGUUUCUCUUAUAAGUCCUUGCGUACGUUAUCGCAGGAUGCGUUAUUUAAGCUUAAUGGUCAACUUUAGAUUGAAUGAAAGAUACAGUACCCCAACUUUCAUUGACCUAAUUAAUGAUUUUAUACGUGUAAUUUCAUAUAAUUUGUAAUACUUAAACGGAUUUUAACCAUACCGGCUUCAUGUAUGCUGAACAGGUCAAGAAACCCAUUAAGAGAUUUGUUGGGUUCAUUUAAUGUUGAUAAGCAUGGAAUAGUAAUGUCUAUAAUUUAGAUUAUUACAUAAAGUAAUUGAUAAUUUAGAUACAAAUUUUUCAAGCAGUAGCUCCACAUAUUUCGUAACAAUUUUCCUUAACUUUAAUUUAAAGAAUACUUUCAAAACAAUAAACUCUGUUCUACCUGUAGCAGACAGUACCAACGUCUUGAGGGCCCUAUAAAGCCAAUCAAAAAGUAACGAGUGACUGUUCCGUCACGUGCAUAAAAUAUGUGAAAUUUUAUUGAAUUUAACGGUACCGAUAAAUGGUAUUAGCAUGGGCAUUACUCUGUCAACAGUGCUUCUUAUUAUUCUGUAGAUGGGGGAUUCAGGGCCAUCGCAUGCGACAUAUCGGUUAGAUUGUUCACGAUAGAUUCUUACGCGGCAUCAUAUACGAACGGCUAAAAAGACGGAUCGCCUAAAAAGAUGGGCCAUGUUCCAUUUUUUCACGGAUUUGACACCGACCCGAUUGUCGGUGACCUGUCGAUGGUGUAAUAGGGAUCCCGUACUUAAAUGUGGGCAUGCACAUAAACUACGAAAAAAUUGGAACUGCAAUUUCGUCGUGCUGUACACACAGAAAAAUAAUAUUGUAAUAAUUACAUAUGCUCGCGGGUCAAAGUAUUGUCGUAACCUUCACAACAAUUAUUGUAGAUGUAAUUACAAUAUUUUGUCCUUUUAACCAUUGCGGUGACCUGUCGAUGGUGUGAUUAGGAAUCCCGUACUCAAAUGUGGGCAUGCACAUAAACUACGAAAAAAUUGGAACUGCAAUUUCGUCGUGCUGUACACACAGAAAAAUAAUAUUGUAAUAAUUACAUAUGCUCGCGGGUCAAAGUAUUGUCGUAACCUUCACAACAAUUAUUGUAGAUGUAAUUACAAUAUUUUGUCCUUUUAACCAUUGCGGUGACCUGUCGAUGGUGUGAUUAGGAAUCCCGUACUCAAAUGUGGGCAUGCACAUAAACUACGAAAAAAUUGGAACUGCAAUUUCGUCGUGCUGUACACGCAGAAAAAUAAUAUUGUAAUAAUUACAUAUA